CGUAACUGUACAUGUGGAGUGCUGAAUAACUUUAUUAACAACUGUAAGAAGAAGACAGCAGGAGGAGGCUAGAUGGCAGCGCUGGUGCAGUACGUGGUGCUCCGCAGGGACCUGCAGUCCAACCUCGGGUGGCCGCUUGGCGCUCUGGUAGCUCAGGCCUGCCAUGCGGCCUCUGCUGUCAUUCAUCUCCACUACCAGCAGCCGCAGACUCAGGCUUACCUGCAGGAGCUGGACACCAUGCACAAAGUGGUGCUGGAGGUCCCGGAUGAGGUCACAUUGACCCGUUUAGCUGAGACAUUGGGUGAGGCCAAUAUCGAUCACAAACUGUGGAUUGAACAACCUGAGAACAUCCCCACCUGUAUUGCCCUCAGACCGUACCCCAAGGAAGAAGUGCACCGCUACUUGAAGAAGUUUAAACUUCUGAAGUGAUGGGUCGGGAUGAACCAUUAUUGACCGUCCUCAUGUUCCUGUUGAUGACAUCUCUCCCAGUCCAGGAAGCGUAUUGUUUUUAUGGACGUCUGUGGGCCUGAGUUUCCACUGGCGACAUCUGACCCACGUACAACGAGAGGCUGGAUUUUUUUUUUUUUUUUUUUUUCUUCUUAUAAAUAUUUUAAAUUAUUACGUUUUUUUUGUGAUUUAUCUUUUACUUGUGAUUUAAGCUUUUUUUUGUCUUCAUGGUUUACAUCUGUAAGAGCUUCCAUCUUGCCUUUACAUCAGGGACAAAACUUGCUUCCCUCCUGUACCAAGUGUGGACCCAGGCUGUCACUGACAGUGCCCAGCUUCAUCCAUCUCAGCAGAAGUGGUCCAGCUCCUGGAAGAUGAUGGAAGCACUGUAUAACUGCAGAAUCGGGAGCGACUGUUCCCUCUGGUAGUAACAUUCUAUGGGAGUACUGUGAUGUUUAGGAUGGAUGCGUAGGUGGCAAGGUCUUAAGAGGACACCAUAAUGGGCAGGGGGACUCUGACUACAGUGUGAGGCGGUAUUGUAACUGCUGUGCAGGCUCUAGAGUCAUUAUAACUACCGUGAGUCAUAGUUUAUGCUGCGUAACUGUUGGUGGCCAUGAGUUGGCAUUUAUAGGUGGCAGUUAGAGAUGAGUGAAUUUCAUGUUAUGAAAUUCGUUCACGCUUUGUUGGUAAAAGCAGAAUUGUGUUAUGGAUUCUGUUACCACGGACCAUAACGCAAUUCUAUGACGAAUGCCUUUAGAGGCAUUUCGAUAUUCAUUCCGUCAUAAUAGAAGUCUAUGGGCUGCAGAACUGAUCCGUCCUGUUUCCGUUAUGCAGGAGAGGACUCUGGAUGGGAAGUUGUGUCUGUGACAUAUGUAUCCGACGAGGAAUCCAAAUCUGUGCUCAGUGUGAUGUACUUUUAUUCCUGCCAAAGUUAUUAUGGAAUUUUCUCUUUGUUACAGACACAGAUAUGGCUGUGAGAUUAACAUGGGGCAGAGAUUGUGCUGAUCUCCGGGGGGUAUGCAGUACCCCAGUCAGUGCAACGGAUUUCAAUGCUCGACACUAAGGCCAAAUUUAGUCAAACAGCUUCUGUAUUGGAACCGCCAAAUGUGGGUCCCGUUGCAAUUGCUGUGAAACACAUUCCACAAAUUCACCGUCGCAAUUGGGAUUGUCCUUAUUGAGGUGAUGCAGCAACUAGAUCUUGUCUGGGUGCCAUUUGUGUGAAGCCAGUAUCCGCCCGAUGGUUUGAUUCACCCUGCUCGCCUGUGACAGACGAUGGGUGCUACGAUGUAGGCUCUUGCUGAAGGACCCCAGGACGGCCGUUGUUGUUGCUUUGUUGAAGUUUUGUUACGUCCACUUUUUGGCGCGUCCAAUACAGAACUUGUUUAUUAAAAUUUGGCAAGCAAUUUGCCAACUGUGCCACGGUGAAUGGGUGGUCUAGCUAGGGGGCAUAAUGUUAAAAUCUGCUGCUCCCCGGAGAUCAGCACCAUCUCGGUCUUCUCCUCACAUGUUAAUCUCGUAGCCAUAUCUGUGUCUGUACCAAAGAGAACAUUGUUAAUAAUAAAGGUGCGUCACAUUAAGCACAGAUUUGGAUUCAAAUCAGAUACAUA